CUUUUGUCGUUUGCUCUAUAUAUACCUUACCAUACCUUUGUGUCGUUUACACUCUUGAGAACUAUACUACUCUUCUCUUCUUCAUCAACAACAACAACAACCCUCUUGAGUACUUACUCUUCUCCAUUUUUCUUGAGAAAGAAAGAAAGAAAGAAAGAAAAUGAAUGCUUUAGUAGCAACCAACAGGAACUUCAAGCUGGCAGCAAGGCUUCUGGGGUUAGACUCCAAACUUGAGAAGAGUUUGCUCAUACCCUUUAGAGAGAUCAAGGUUGAGUGUACCAUACCCAAAGAUGAUGGUACUUUGGCAUCAUUUGUUGGUUUUAGGGUACAACAUGACAAUGCCAGAGGCCCCAUGAAGGGAGGAAUAAGAUAUCAUCCAGAGGUUGACCCAGAUGAAGUCAAUGCUUUAGCUCAGCUAAUGACAUGGAAGACAGCAGUGGCUAACAUACCAUAUGGUGGAGCUAAAGGAGGAAUAGGAUGUAAUCCAGGGGACUUGAGUCUAUCUGAAUUGGAAAGACUUACCAGAGUUUUCACCCAGAAAAUACAUGAUCUGAUAGGAAUACAUACAGAUGUUCCAGCCCCAGAUAUGGGGACAGGUCCACAGACUAUGGCUUGGAUAUUAGAUGAGUAUUCCAAAUUUCAUGGCCACUCUCCUGCUGUGGUGACUGGAAAACCUAUUGAUCUUGGUGGAUCUCUUGGAAGAGAUGCAGCCACGGGAAGAGGAGUACUAUUCGCGACAGAGGCUUUGCUUAACGAGCAUGGGAAAAGCAUAGCCGGGCAGCGGUUUGUUAUACAGGGCUUUGGCAACGUUGGUUCCUGGGCAGCUGAGUUGAUCCACGAGAGCGGUGGCAAGAUUGUGGCAGUAAGUGACAUCACUGGAGCUAUAAAGAACAGCAAAGGACUUGAUGUUCCAAGCCUGCUCAAGCAUGUCAAGGAAAAUAGAGGUGUUAAGGGAUUCAGUGGUGGGGAUUCAAUAGAACCCAACUCAAUAUUGGUUGAAGACUGUGACAUUCUCAUCCCUGCUGCUCUUGGGGGUGUUAUAAACAGGGAAAAUGCAAAUGAGAUCAAAGCCAAAUUCAUUAUUGAAGCUGCUAACCAUCCAACUGACCCUGACGCCGACGAAAUCUUGUCUAAGAAAGGAGUGGUGAUUCUUCCAGAUAUAUAUGCAAACUCAGGAGGUGUUACUGUUAGUUACUUUGAGUGGGUGCAGAACAUCCAAGGUUUCAUGUGGGAUGAAGAUAAGGUGAACAAGGAACUGAAAACUUACAUGACAAGGGGAUUUAAAGAUGUGAAGAACAUGUGCCAAACCCACAAUUGCGACCUCCGAAUGGGAGCCUUCACCCUCGCAGUUAACCGCGUCGCAAGAGCAACCGUCCUCAGGGGAUGGGAGGCCUGAGCUGAUUUCUUCUUUGAAUAAAAGAUGAGAAGUCUUCCAAGUUCUUCUCAUUCUCUUUUAGGAUUUGGCGUUUACUUAUUUGCUUGGACAAACUUGAAGCAAAAGUUCACAUUUUUUUUCUUUUGGCGUCGGCCCUGAUUUCUUCUGCCAGAGUUACACAAGAGAAACAUAAAAACAAUUUAAACCAAUUCUAAAGGCGUACAAGGGAAUGUUAGUGUAAUCUCAUGCCAGAUUUAGAACACUGGCUUAUGUUGAUUGUCGAUUGUAUGUCUUCCACCAUAUUAUGAUUAAGCAUAUAUGUGAGGAAAUAAGAUUGUAUCUCAUUUAUAAAUGUUCUGUUUUUUAACAGAGCAAUUAGUGAACUUCUAUCCCAUUUUGCCU